ACAGGUAAAGCAUGAAAUUCAAUUCACUGACUUGCAGAAAAAAAUUAAACUUCCAUCAAGAGAUGUUUUUGAUGAAAAUCUUGCUAUUAUUGCUGGCUGGGGAUUGUCACACUUCGAUCGUGCAAUUAUUUCUAGCAAAUUGUUGAAAGCCCCUGUAGGUCUUUAUAAUUACAUCAUGUGUAGCAACAUCCUUAUGAUUUUUGUUUUUGAAGAUCAGUUUUGUUCUGGCCAUACGCAAGGAAUCGAGGUUGUUCCCACUGACACUGGUGGUUCGGUCACCAGUAAUGGAGAACUUUAUGGUGUUAUUAGCAUAAAUAAUGAAAACCGAAAUAGAUUAUUUGCCAUACAUACAAAAGUUUAUGCAUAUUUACAAUUUAUUCGUGAUGUUGUGGGAGCGGCAUUAGAGAACUAAUACAUAUUUAAAU